AUGUCUGAAGCCGUCGGUGACUUCGGCCUCAUCGGUCUGGCCGUCAUGGGCCAGAACUUGAUUCUCAAUGCCGCCGAUCACGGAUUCACCGUUGUAGCAUUCAACCGAACCGUAGCCAAGGUCGACCGAUUCUUGAACGAUGAGGCCAAGGGCAAGUCCAUUGUGGGCGCCCACUCCAUCAAGGAGUUCGUCUCGAAGCUCAAGAAGCCCCGCCGCAUGAUGAUGCUCGUCAUGGCCGGAAAGCCCGUCGACGACUUCAUCGAGCUCCUCCUCAACGAGGGCGGCGCAGAAGAGGGCGACAUCAUCAUUGAUGGUGGUAACUCGCAUUACCCCGACACCAACCGCCGAACACAGUACCUCGCCAAGAAGGGCAUCCGCUUCGUCGGAACCGGUGUUUCCGGAGGAGAGGAGGGUGCCCGUUAUGGCCCCAGUAUCAUGCCUGGUGGUAACGAGGAGGCCUGGCCCUACAUCAAGGACGUUCUCCAGUCCAUCUCGGCCAAGUCUGACGGCGAGGCCUGCUGCCAAUGGGUCGGUGACGAGGGUGCCGGUCACUACGUCAAGAUGGUGCACAACGGUAUCGAGUACGGUGACAUGCAGUUGAUCUGUGAAGCCUACGACAUCAUGAAGCGUGGUCUCGGAAUGAAGAACAACGAGAUCGGUGACGUCCUCACCAAGUGGAACAAGGGUGUGCUAGACUCUUUCCUCAUUGAGAUCACCCGCGACAUCAUGUACAAGAACGACGAGGCCGACGGCGUCCCCAUUGUUGAGAAGAUCCUCGACUCUGCUGGCCAGAAGGGUACCGGCAAGUGGACCGCCAUCAACGCUCUCGACCUCGGCAUGCCCGUCACCUUGAUCGGCGAGGCUGUCUUUGCUCGUUGCCUUUCGUCCCUCAAGGCUGAGCGUGGCCGUGCUGCUACUCUCCUUGACGGACCCACCCCUAGCUUCAGCGGCGACAAGCAGCAAUUCAUCGACAACCUCGAGCAGGCUCUGUACGCCUCCAAGAUCAUCUCCUACGCCCAGGGCUUCAUGUUGAUCCAGAACGCCGCCAAGGAGUACGGCUGGAAGCUCAACAAGCCCGAGAUUGCGCUCAUGUGGCGUGGUGGCUGCAUUAUCCGCUCCGUCUUCUUGAAGGACAUCACCAAGGCCUACCGUGCCAACCCCGACCUCGAGAACCUGCUCUUCGACGACUUCUUCAACAAGGCCAUCCACAAGGCGCAGUCCGGCUGGAGAGACGUCGUCUCCAAGGGAGCUCUCUGGGGCAUCCCCACCCCCGCUUUCAGCACCGCUCUGUCCUUCUACGACGGCUACCGAACCAAGGACCUCCCCGCCAACCUCCUCCAGGCCCAGCGUGACUACUUCGGUGCCCACACCUUCCGCAUCAAGCCCGAGUACGCCAGCGAGACGUACCCCGAGGGCAAGGACAUCCACGUCAACUGGACCGGCAGGGGAGGAAACGUGUCUGCUUCGACCUACAACGCGUAA